AUGUCCUGUGAUAGUGGAGAAACUGUUGGGUACCCCAUGGAUAACCGCUGUGGAGAGGAACAAGGCUCCACUUUUCAGCUGAGCAACGUGAACGGAAAUAGGAAAUCUGCAGCAUUGCUGGAAGCCAGGGGGAACUUAAGCAGCAUGCAGUAUUCUUCUGUGGCGCUGGAUCCAGAAACCUCCAUGAAUAACGGAUCCAGGAUUCCCCAGAACCCCGAGGAAGGCACAAAGGCUGCAGCCUUGGUGGAAGGCGAGGCCGGCAGGGCCCGCACCGUGGAGUGUUUCCGUGGCCGCUACUUAACUAAAACCAGCACUCAGGGAGACGUCUACAACUUCCUGGAGAGGCCCAGUGGAUGGAAGUGUUUUAUCUAUCAUUUUGCUGUAUUUCUCUUGGUGCUGAUAUGUUUAAUAUUCAGUGUACUGUCUACUAUAGAGCAUUAUUCUGAAUUUGCCACUGGAACCCUUUUCUGGAUGGAAAUAGUACUGGUUGUGUUUUUCGGUGCUGAAUAUUUGGUCCGGUUGUGGUCUGCAGGCUGCAGGAGUAAAUAUGUUGGCUUCCAGGGAAGAAUCCGGUUUGCCAGAAAGCCAAUAUCGAUCAUCGAUCUCAUUGUGGUAGUAGCCUCAAUUAUUGUUCUGAGCAUAGGAUCUAAUGGACAGGUGUUUGCUACCUCUGCAAUAAGGGGCAUCAGAUUUCUCCAGAUACUUCGCAUGCUCCAUGUGGAUCGACAGGGAGGCACCUGGAGACUUUUGGGAUCAGUUGUUUUCAUACAUCGUCAGGAACUCAUAACCACGUUGUACAUUGGAUUCUUGGGGUUAAUUUUUUCAUCCUAUUUUGUUUAUCUUGCUGAGAAGGAUGCAGUUGAUGAAGAUGGAAAGACAGGUUUCUCCAGCUAUGCUGAUGCCCUUUGGUGGGGUGUGGUAACUGUGACAACAAUUGGUUAUGGAGACAAAGUUCCCCAGACGUGGAUUGGGAAGACAAUAGCUUCCUGUUUUUCAGUAUUUGCUAUCUCUUUCUUUGCUCUGCCAGCGGGUAUUUUGGGGUCCGGUUUUGCCCUGAAAGUACAGCAAAAGCAACGUCAGAAGCAUUUCAACAGACAAAUCCCAGCUGCAGCUUCCCUAAUUCAGACUCUGUGGCGGUGCUACGCAGCAGAGAAAUCCUGCAGUUCCACAGCGACGUGGAAGAUCUAUGUUACACCCCCAGCGCAAAAUCCCAAAAAGUCAGCAGCGCCAUCUAGCCCUAGUCUGAGAAAACAGGCUAGAAGAUACAAAAGAAAAGGGAAGCUAGGAUGUGGUAAUGGUUCUGCACCUGCAAUAAACCCAGGAGAAAAUGCCUUGUCUGUUCCACAGAUCACUUAUGAUCACGUUGAUGAACAAGAGCACAAAAAAGAUGUAUCUUUCUACAUUGAUGAACCUAGAGUGAAAGGACGUUUAGAAGGGAACACCCAAGACAUGUCACGGGCCAACAGUUUCACUGAUGACAUUGACCUUGUAUCGGAAGAGUCUCCCCUGCCAGCUGUAUCCGAUGUGGCACAAUUAACUGAAGCACAUCGAACAGCUGUAAAAGUCAUCAGGAGAAUGCAGUAUUUUGUAGCCAGAAGAAAAUUUCAGCAAGCUCGGAAACCUUACGACGUCCGCGACGUGAUCGAACAGUACUCACAAGGACACCUCAAUAUGAUGGUUCGGAUAAAAGAACUUCAAAGAAGGUUGGACCAAUCCUUGGGAAAGCCAGGUCUUUUCCUCCCAGAAAAAGGGGUAGACAAAGGAUACUAUAGUAUAGGAGCCAGACUGAUCCGGCUAGAGGAUAAGGUCAUGCAGAUGGACCAGAAGCUAGAUGACAUCCUGAACACACUCCAGGCUCAGCUGGGGGAUCAGCCACAGGCACAGAUGCCAGGGCCAGCAACCCCACCUGUCAGACAUCUACAGACAACCUCAGAUUCCCCCCCAGUAAACCGGAAAAUUUGAAAGCUGGUGCAGAGCCACAUGUCACCCUCUCAUGCUUUUACAUGCAGUUAUUUUUAAGUCUUGGUGUCUUCGGCUAUGUCAUCAGUGAAAUGAAAUAUUCUGCUGUAGU